CAUCUUUAUAGCCUCAAGGCUAAUGAUCUAAGCAACUUUUUAAUAUUUUCAGUUUCUAAUUGGCUAGCAGUGAUAUGGAUUUUGUUUGUGGUUGUUGGUGCUCGCCGCGUAAGAUCCCUGUUUCAGGCAGCCAAGAAGAAGGUACAGUGCUUAUUCUUCCUGUUCAUUGAAAAUCACUAAGUUGUUUAUGCUGAUGGAAUAAAAUAAGAGAGAGAAAUGAGAGGAAAGUAGGAGAGAGCAUGGAUGGAAUACUUGGUUAUUUCUUUCCAUUUUAUAUCAUGAAGUGUAUUAUCGUUUUAUUAGGGAGAAGUCUUGGCCUCUUGGGUGGUCAUAAUAUUGAAAGUAUUUUAUAUUACUGAUUUUUUUGUAUUAAGUAUACAUAUUGUUAAAGUGGAUUUUUAUGUUUUUAUUUGAAAUUUAAAAAUAUUAUAAUUAGCAUUUUUUUGUUUUUAAAUUAUUGAAACAUUUUUUUAGUUCUAUACUAAAGUUUUAAUAUAUGAACUCCCUCUGUCCUAAUACUGUAAGCAACACAUUUUCCUUUUUUGAUCUCUUACUCAAGUUAAUGCAAUAUCAAUAUCUUCACUUUAUCCUCUAUGUUACAUUAUUCCUUCUCCGCUAUUAAUUCACAAAAUAAAAAUGUAUAUAAUCUCGUGCCGAAUAGGAAAUGUUUCAUUAAGAAUGGGAUAAGAGAAGUACAUUUUUUUUGUGAAGUGUAUAUAAUAAUAUUAUAUUUUAUUUAUAUUUAAUUAUUUCAAAUUUGUAUUCAGCAAGUGAAAAUCAUAAGUCCCGUGUAUAGCACGGGUGAUGAUACUAGUUUAGUUAACGGGAGACCUGUAAACCACUAAUUUAUUGCCCAAAAUCCGACGGCCGACAUUUAAAUUGGUAAUGCAAAUUAAAUCGUUGAUCAAAAUUCGAUAUCCUAUCUGCUGCAUCCCUCUCUCCACUCCGCUGUUCCCUGCAUCCAACUGCCUUCAACUCGUGUUGCGGCAGCAGAGCAAAACAGCACAAAGCCUCACAUUUUCCUAAUCACUACAUAUACUCAUUAUAUAUCAAUUCAAUUCAUCGAGAUGCCUUCCGUUGCUAUCGCGGAAGCUCAAUCCGCCGAUAAGAAGAUCACGAAGAACUCCGGAGUUGCGGGGAUGGAGGUGGAGGAAAACAAUUCAGCUGAGAAAAAGCUCAAAAAGGAAAAGAAGUCGAGCAAAAAGGCCAAAUUGACUGACCUCGACGAUUCUAAUUCCGACAGCCCUGUCAAAAUUAGUAAAAAGGAAAAGAAGCGGAAGGCUUUGGAAAUCGACGACAAUGAGGAAGGGAGGAGUGAAAACACCUCCGAGAUGAAGAAGAAGAAGAAGAUGAAAUUUAUGGAGGAUGACGAAAAAGAGGAGAAUCCUAAUGCUGUAUCCAAUUUCCGAAUUUCGGCGCCGCUUAGGGAGGCUUUGAAGGCCAAAGGAAUUGAGGCGCUGUUCCAUAUUCAGGCAAUGACAUUUGAUACCAUUCUCGGUGGUUCCGAUUUGGUUGGAAGGGCCCGCACUGGUCAGGGGAAAACGUUGGCCUUUGUGCUGCCUAUAUUAGAAUCAUUGACAAAUGGUCCUGCUAAAGAAUCGAGGAAGACUGGAUAUGGAAAGGCACCAAGUGUUCUUGUUCUCUUGCCCACGAGGGAGUUGGCUGCACAUGUACUCAACCAGCUGGGUGUACAGCUGUACAGCUGGUUGUAUACCAUGUUUUUUUUCGUUCUUGUAUAGCUGUGUUUUUGUUCUCUUUAAGACAUUAGUUAUAUCUUUAAGACAUUAGUUAUAUCUUUCUCAAUGCGGCCUCCAUGAUUUGAUGCAA